AUGUUGGAAGCGACUCGGCAAUGGUUCCGCCGGAAUAGGACGCCUCUCGCCAUCGGCGUCGGGGUCGUCGGCGCCGGCUAUGUCGUGACGCAGUAUGUUCUGGGCAAGGUUAACGAUGCGCGGGAGCGCAUGGGCAGCGACCGCAUCGCAAAGGAGAACCUCCGCCGUCGAUUCGAGCAGAACCAGGAAGACUGCACCUUCACCGUCCUCGCCCUCCUCCCCUCAGCGACGACCAACAUCCUAGAGGCCAUGAAUACGGAGAAUAUCACGUAUGAAAUACAGAAGAUGAAGGGACAAACAAAGAGUCUCAAGGCCGGCGAGAACGUCGCCCCCCCGAGCAUUGCUGAUACUACCAUGACCGAGGACGACGGCAGGAGCAUGGUCAGUAGCAGCGUACAGAGCGAGAGUGGCGUGCAUGCGAGCAUAGUGACAGUGCCCAACGCGAUGUCAGCCGCGCCCGCGGAAAGAGCCGAGGGUAGUGCGGCGCAGGAUGGUGGCGCUGCGGCUGCGGCGGCGGCACAGAAGAACAAGAAGUCCAAGAGGCAAUUAUGGAACGAUUUAACGAUAAGCUCCAUUACGAGAGCGUUCACACUGCUGUAUACCCUCGCAUUGCUGACAAUGCUCACGAGGGUUCAACUCAACCUCCUCGGCCGCCGCAGCUACCUGUCGAGCGUGAUAUCACUGGCUACCGGCACCGCGCAGGCCACUAUCAGCCUCGAAAACAAUGACGACGAUGGCCUCAACCAGCCCUACGGCAACGACUUCGAGACAAACCGCCGGUACUUGACCUUCAGCUGGUGGCUCCUCAACGAAGGGUGGAAGGAGCUCGGCCAGCGCGUCGAGGCCGCCGUCCGCCAAGUCUUUGGCCAACUCAGCCCGCGCGAUCUGCUCAGCUUCGAGCAGUUCUCGGAGCUAACGCUCGCGGUGCGCAAGAUUGUCGAGGGCGCCACCCCCGAGGAGCGCAGGGCGGCGAAGUGGCUGCCCUACCUCCUCCCACCACGUGACCGCGAGGACUAUGUCCUGCGUGAGUCGGGCAUCCUCGAGGAGAGCAUUGUGGUCCUGUCUGAAAGUGCUACGUCGCAGUCGCCGUCGUCGUCACCCGCCGUGAGGAGGCUCCUCGAUGAGACAUCUGAUCUCAUCGAGUCCCCUUCCUUCACGCACGUGCUCACCCUCAUCCUGGACGCAGGCUUCUCCCUGCUCGUGGACAAGAAGCUCGCAUCGGGAGCAUUCGGCAAGCCCGACCUGGCGCAGUCCGAGCCGCGCACGUCGCAGGUUGUUUUGCUACCCAAGAUCCUCUCAGUGCUCACGCGGCAGGCGCACGUCAUUGGGAACGGCAUGCCCAAUGAGUACCUCCAGGAGAUGGAGCAGGUGCGCGACCUCGAGGGGUUCGCAGCCGUGGUGUACUCUAGCAACUGGGAGAACGAGAUCCACGACGAUGAGGGCGGCAUCAUGGCCAGCGCCGUCGACGUGAGGGCCAGCCAGGGUACCACGACCGCCAUCAAUAUACCCAGCCAGACACAAGGGACAACGCAGGGAACUGGGGAGGAGAGCGUAGUCAUGGUCAAUCCGGCUACAAGCUUCGAGAGUGCAUGGGACCGGGCCGUUGACACGAAAUAG